GGGUGGUGGAGGUUGAAGUCCUGAUGGAUUUGAAACAUUACCUGAAUAUGUACUUGAAAGGCUGCAGUGUAACCAGUUUGCAGCCGGCAAGGACACGAAUGGACCGAAUGGCCUCCCUUUGCAUCGUAAAUGGUCCUUGAUUUUAUAAACAGAGAUGCACAUUAAGUUGAAUAAGCACAUAUAAUGGAGACUAAAGCGGAGAACUAUUGCCUCCAGUUUCGACUGCUUGUUUACGACUGUUUACUAUUGCGAGUGGUAUCAGCGUGUAAUUCACACUUCAUCGUUGGCAGUUUCGUUUCACUGGCUCAUUAAUACAUCCACGUAACUGGUCGGAAGCGCUUUGCAAAUUGCCGAGAGCGAUUCUAACAGAAAACGGCGCUUGCCUAGUGUGUGUAUAUAUAUAUAUGUUGCUUUGAUUAUUUAUCAUGCCUAUUUGCUAAACAGCAAGGGUUCCUCAGAUGUGUCAUUUUAAUGUCCCAUUCAAAAGGGCCAGAGAGAAGGGACGCAGACUUGGUGGAGCCAGCCCACACGGAUUUACCGGAUACUCAAGCACAUUAAUGAUUUCCUAAAUUAGAGCCAAUUGUUCAGCAUUGUCCGCCCGUUAUCUUCGCUUUGAAGUGUCUUCACACAUGGAAAUUGGCGACAAGGCAAGGCCACAUAAAUGAAGGUGGCGGCAUCGCGGCAGCCAGUCGGACCUGGGAUCGGGCAGGGAGAUGGUGAAAGGAAUUUUUUCAAUAGACUGGCUCGCCCAAAGCAGUCGCGACGGGCGCAUGGAGAAGAAACCAGAGGAAGGGUCUACAGUGGGCGAUUGCAAUCCCAAUGCUCCCCUUUCCCUGAGCUCUCACGCUGAAAACUCAACAAACACCUGCCAACCGGCACCACCAUCUACUACUGGAGACUCCACGCCCGAAAUAAAAAGAUUACAACUGCCUGGAUCGUGUGAUCGUGACCCAGAGCAAGCAGUGGACACAUCAGUCAGUGACUUGAGCAUACAGGAGGAUAGCUGGGGCUCGGAGAGCGAGUCCGGUCGCUCGGAGGGUUCGGCCAGGGGCGGGCGAGGGAGAAGCGUGGACUCGGAGUGCGAGUGCGACGCCCCUCGCCGGGUGCGGACCGCGUUCACAGCCCAACAGAUCCACAAACUGGAGAAGAAGUUCAAGCGGCAAACCUACCUGGGGGCGUCCGAGAGGAGCAAGCUGGCCGCCCUUCUCCACCUGUCCGAGACCCAGGUGAAGACGUGGUUUCAGAACCGGAGGAUGAAGUUGAAGCGCCAGUUGCAGGAUUUGUGCUCGGUGUCGUUCGCCGCUCCUGCGUUGUUGACCCAUUCGCUGCCGAUGAGGGAGCCGCUCUUCACUCCAUGCGCCGGGUUUCCCGGAUUCUACACGAACGACCGCUCCGUCCACCAAACCACCAACGGCCCCCACCGACCCCCACAACCGGCUUACCCGCCGCCCAUCCACCGCUACAGCCCGACUGUGGAGCAGAGCUUCUCGCGGUACCAACCUUAUCUUUACCCGCUGAUGCUGGAGCCAUCUCCAGUGGGAUUGCACGUCUAUUCCUGAGACCUGUCGCGGUUUCUACAAUCCAGAACAGACGGACCUGUCUUUGGGAAGCGGCGGCGUGCAAUGCAAUUAGCAAAAGAGCAAAAUGUGGUUGUAAUUUUGCUCUCAUACUUUUUAUUUAAUGCACUAUUUAAUGCUGUA